GUGCCCCCGGCCAUGGCCAACAAGAGCACAGAGAACGGCAUCUACAGCGUGUCCGGCGAGGAGAAGAAGGGCCCCCUGAUCGCGCCCGGGCCCGAUGGAGCCCCGGCCAAGGGCGACGGCCCCGCGGCCCUGGGGGCGCCCGGCAGCCUCCUGGCCGUUCCGCCGCGCGAGACCUGGACGCGCCAGAUGGACUUCAUCAUGUCGUGCGUGGGCUUCGCUGUGGGCCUGGGCAACGUGUGGCGCUUCCCCUACCUGUGCUACAAGAACGGCGGAGGUGUGUUCCUUAUUCCCUACGUUCUGAUCGCCCUGAUCGGAGGAAUCCCUAUCUUCUUCUUGGAGAUCUCUCUGGGCCAGUUCAUGAAGGCCGGCAGCAUCAACGUCUGGAAUAUCUGCCCCCUGUUCAAAGGCCUGGGCUACGCCUCCAUGGUGAUCGUCUUCUACUGCAACACCUAUUACAUCAUGGUGCUGGCCUGGGGCUUCUAUUAUCUGGUGAAGUCCUUUACUACCACGCUGCCCUGGGCCACAUGUGGCCACACGUGGAACACUCCUGAUUGCGUGGAGAUCUUCCGCCACGAAGACUGUGCCAAUGCCACCAUGGCCAACCUCACAUGUGACCAGCUUGCCGACCGCCGGUCCCCAGUCAUCGAGUUCUGGGAGAACAAAGUCUUGCGGCUCUCCGGAGGGCUGGAGGUGCCAGGGGCCCUCAACUGGGAGGUGACCCUGUGUCUGCUGACCUGCUGGGUGCUGGUCUACUUCUGUGUCUGGAAGGGGGUCAAGUCAACAGGCAAGAUCGUGUAUUUCACCGCUACAUUCCCCUAUGUGGUCCUCGUUGUGCUGCUGGUGCGCGGAGUGCUGCUACCUGGCGCUUUGGAUGGCAUCAUCUACUAUCUCAAGCCUGACUGGUCAAAGCUGGCAUCCCCUCAGGUAUGGAUCGACGCAGGGACACAGAUCUUCUUCUCUUACGCCAUCGGCUUGGGGGCCCUCACCGCCCUGGGCAGCUACAAUCGCUUCAACAACAACUGCUACAAGGACGCCAUCAUACUCGCCCUCAUCAACAGCGGGACCAGCUUCUUUGCAGGCUUCGUGGUGUUCUCCAUCCUGGGUUUCAUGGCCACAGAACAGGGCGUGCACAUCUCCAAGGUAGCAGAAUCAGGGCCUGGCCUGGCUUUCAUCGCCUAUCCACGGGCUGUCACGCUGAUGCCCGUGGCGCCGCUCUGGGCAGCCCUGUUUUUCUUUAUGCUGUUGCUGCUUGGUCUCGACAGCCAGUUUGUAGGUGUCGAAGGCUUCAUCACCGGCCUGUUGGACCUCCUCCCGGCCUCCUACUACUUCCGGUUCCAAAGGGAGAUCUCCGUGGCCCUCUGCUGCACCCUCUGCUUUGUCAUCGACCUCUCCAUGGUGACCGAUGGCGGGAUGUAUGUCUUCCAGCUAUUUGACUACUACUCGGCCAGCGGCACCACGCUGCUCUGGCAGGCCUUCUGGGAGUGUGUGGUGGUCGCCUGGGUGUACGGAGCUGAUCGCUUCAUGGACGACGUGGCCUGCAUGAUCGGGUACCGACCUUGCCCCUGGAUGAAAUGGUGCUGGUCUUUCUUCACCCCACUUGUGUGCAUGGGCAUCUUCAUCUUCAACAUGGUCUACCACGAGCCGCUGGUCUACAACAACACCUACGUGUACCCAUGGUGGGGCGAGGCCGUGGGCUGGGCCUUUGCGCUUUCCUCCAUGCUGUGUGUGCCCCUCCACCUCCUGGGCUGCCUCCUCAGGGCCAAGGGGACCGUGGCUGAGCGCUGGCAGCACCUGACGCAGCCCAUCUGGGGCCUCCACCACCUGGAAUACAGAGCUCAAGACUCGGAUGUCAGGGGCCUGACCACCCUGACCCCAGUGUCUGAGAGCAGCAAGGUGGUGGUGGUGGAGAGUGUCAUGUGAUGGGCCCCCGGCACCAGCUCCCUCUCUUGUAGCCAUAGCACCCCUGCUUUAGCCCCCCCCACCCCUCCCAGGGGGCUUGCCUUUCCCUGCCAUUCAACAGGGGGGGGUCUGCCUGCCUGGGGUGGGGGGAGGGGAGGAAGCACCAGAGUGCUUAUAACUCACUUUUUUUUUCCAUUUUUAAUAAAACACCAAAAAAAAUACCACAACCCACCAAAAAUAGAUGCCUCCCCCACCCCCAUAACCAAGCUGGUGCACACGCUGCUCCCCAGCCCCCCGCUAGUACCCGCUGCAGUCACAUUUCACCUGAGCCCGCUGCUCCCUGCCUGCCUCCAGGUUCUGCCUGACACACCCUUGGGUGGCCCCCACCCCAGAGGUGGCAGUGUGGGGCCCAGGAUUGGAGAGCAGAGGGGGAAGGUGGGCACAGCCUCAGAACCAAGGCAGAUACUUCAGCUGGGCUAGACCCCUCUCUCCCCAUCCCAAAUCUAGAUGCUUAGAGAGCCAGCCAGCAACGGGACCUUCGGUUCCUGCGCCAAUUGCCACCAAUAUCAAUUGUGUGAGCUUGUGUACGAGUGCACGUGUGCGUGAGUACGUAGGGUAUAGAUCUCUUCUCUCUUAGCAAUGGUGAAUACCAGGUGUAAGUUGUGCCUGUGGGCAAAUGAGGCUUGUAUUUUGCACAUUUUAUAAAAACUUGAGAGAUUUCUGCUUGUAUAUUUCUAAGAGAAACACCCCGAUGUCCCUCUCCUUGCCACGCCCCAUCCCUUUCAGCCCCUCUUAUACCUCUGCCCCCAGCCAAGGAGUGUGAAUUUCUAGAUCUAAUUUUCAUAGGCAAAACAGAAGCUUCAAGCUAUCAAGUGUGCAGGUCCGUCGCGUGGGUAUGCAUGUGCAGUCCCCAGCCCCAGACCAGUGGAAAAGUGCAAGGUUGGGGGGAGCCUCACUGGGUGUCCCCACAAGUCAGUGGGGUUGGCUGAUGCAUCAUCAUUGGGCCUGGGACUGCCCACCUGGCCUGCUCAGGCUGGCCCGCACCCUGCCCUCUGGGAUGGGCACCACUACUGCAGGGACCUGAGGUGGGCACCUGCCUAGGUAUGGCUCCCACCUGAGAGCUUCAGGCUGAUGCCCUGUCCACGUCUCAAAUCCUCCAUGUGGCAGGUUCACUGAACCCCGUGUGUCUGUCAUGUCCAGUCCCGCGGGGGCCCUUGAGGGGCUUCCUUCACACCCUGACAAGGGCUGGAUGGGUGGGGCUGGGGGAGGGCCAGGGUCCAGUGGGGACGCCCUUACUGUGCUAAAAGCCACUGCAAACAUAGCAAUAAAGACGUCAUUUUCCAAA